AUGGAGCUGUGGAGGCAGUGCGCAUCAUGGCUGAUUCAGUGUCGGGUCCUGCCCGAGAACCACCGAGUCACCUGGGACAACGCGCAGGUGUGUGAUCUAGCCCACGCGCUGAGGGACGGGGUGCUGCUCUGUCACCUGUUAAAUAAUCUGCUCCCUCAUUCCAUCAACCUGCGGGAGAUCAACCUCCGACCCCAGAUGUCCCAGUUCCUGUGUCUGAAGAACAUCAGGACUUUUCUGACUGCGUGUCACGAGCGUUUCGGGAUGAAGAAGAGCGAGCUGUUCGAGGCCUUCGAGCUGUUUGAUGUCCGAGACUUUGGGAAGGUGAUUUGUACUCUGUCCGUGCUGUCCCAGACGUCCGCGGCUCUUGAGAGAGGCUUCCGGCCGUUUCCUAACGAAGUCUGUGUCGGAGACGACGACAUCUACAACGGCCUCUCCGACCAGAUGGACGACACGGUGGACGACGAUGACGACCUGUACGACUGCGUGGAGGACGAGGCAGACGAGGGAGACGACAUCUACGAAGACCUGAUGAGGACCGAGGAGCCGGUAGAGACGCAGCAGAAGUGUGAGGUGGACAAGAGGAGCUGCUGCCUGCAGGAGAUCAACCAGACCGAGGAGAAGUACACACACACACUGGAGUCCAUACUGCAGCACUUCAUGAGGCCGCUCCAGGCUUUCCUCUCGCCGCCUGACAUCGAGAACAUCUUCAUGAACGUUGAGGAUCUUGCCGACACACACCGUCAUCUCCUGAAGGAAGUUCAGACGUCCAUCUCGUCUAACGGAGCAGAAAAUCUCUACCAGGUCUUCAUCGACUAUAAAGAGAAGUUGUUGCUGUACGGUCGCUACUGCAGUCAGGUGGAGUCGGCGACCAAGCACCUGGACAAGAUCUCCACCGUCAGGGAGGACGUCCGGAUGAAACUGGAGGAGUGCUCCAUGAGGGCCAACAGCGGGCGCUUCUCACUCCGGGACCUGCUGAUGGUGCCCAUGCAGAGAGUGUUGAAGUAUCACCUACUGCUGCAGGAACUGGUGAAGCACACGGUGAACCCCGCUGAUAAGGAGAACCUGCGCACGGCCCUGGAUGCCAUGAGGGAUCUCGCUCAGUGUGUAAACGAGGUGAAGAGAGAUAACGAGGUCAUUCGUCAGAUCACGGCCUUCCAGAUCUGUAUCGAGAACAUGACUCAGUCCCUCGCUCUGUUUGGUCGUCCAAAGAUUGACGGAGAGCUGAAGAUCUGCAGCCCGGUGAAGAAAUCCAAGCAGGACAGGUACGCGUUUCUCUUCGAUAAAGCCCUGCUGGUGUGUAAGAAGCGCAGCGGCGAGAGUAUGGAGCUGAAAGAGCUCAUCCAACUGCAGCUCUUCCAACUGAGAGACGAACCGGCUGGAGACAACAAGAAGUGGGGACACACCUUCCUGCUGAUGGACUCGUACGGUCAGGGCGGUUACGAUCUGUACUUCAAGACCCGCGAGCUGAAGAAGAAAUGGCUGGAACAGUUCGAGAUGGCCCUGUCCAACAUGUGUCCGGAGAACAACACGGCCAAUGGUCACGACUUUCAGAUGUACUGUUUUGAGGACACCACGUCCUGCAAGGCCUGUCAGAUGCUGCUCAGAGGAAUUUACUACCAGGGUUACCAGUGCAGUCGGUGUAAGAUGGCCGCCCAUAAGGAGUGUCUGGGGCGGGUUCCUGUGUGUGGACGCAACGCAGAAAACUCUGGGACUAUGAAAAAGAACAAGCUGAAACCUGGCACUCAGAGACAAACCAAACCAGGUCUUCCGAAAAUGGAGGUGUGUAACGAUUACUUCGGCAUGCCGCCGCCCCCCGUGGCUUUCGGCCAGCCGCUGAUCCUCACCGUCGGCGACGUUGUGGAGCUGACCCGCGCCGAAGUCGACAUGCAGUGGUGGGAGGGUAGAAAUCUGACAGCGGGAGAGGUCGGCUGGUUCCCCUGUAAUAAAGUUCAACCCUACCUACCGAGACCCCCUCCUGACCUCAGUGGGUUCCCCUGGUUUGCGGGUAACAUGGACCGUUCGGAGGCGAAGAAUCUCCUCAUGUCGCGCUCUGAUGGGACGUUCCUUGUUCGGCAGAAGGACGGAGGAGAGUUCGCCAUCAGCAUCAAGUUCAACAUGGAUUUGCGCCACAUUAAGAUCACUCUGGCCGAGGGGCUCUACAGGAUCAACGACAAGAAAGCCUUCAAGGGUCUCAUCGAUUUGGUUCGGUACUACGAGCAGAGCUCCCUGAAGGAGUGUUUUAAGGACGUGGACACUCAUCUGCUGCUACCCUACAAACAGCCGGAGCAGAGUGUGUCCUCACACGCUCAUACACACUCACACAAGCCCUCCAGAGGUAUGAGCGAGCGAUAUUUCGGCACGGCUAAAGUGCGCUACAAUUUCUCGGCGCGGGAUCGGACAGAGCUGUCCCUCACCGAGGGGGACACGGUCAAGAUCAUCUCCAAAAAGGCUCACAACGGCUGGUGGAAGGGAGAGAUCUAUGGCAGGGUGGGAUUAUUCCCGGCUAACUACGUGGAGGAGGAGCACUCAGACUACUGCUGAUUCACGGAGUCAUUUUGUUCCUUUUCCGGAUCUCUUGGUACAAAUGACAACAAAUUACGGGGCCGAUUCAGUGAAUCACUGAGUCAUUUUGUUCUUUAUUGGAAUCCCUUGGUACAAAUUACAACUCAGAACUGAUUUAUUGAUUCACUGAGUCAUUUUGUUCUUAGAUCUCUUGGUACAAAUUACAACUCAGGGCCGGUUCAGUGAUUCAUUGAGUCAUUUAGUUUUUUCUCUGGAUCUUUUGGCACAAAUUACAAGUCGGGACCGAUUCAGUGAAUCACUGAUGAGUCAUUUAGACACCAAGUGAAUGAGUGAUUCACUGAAUCAUUUUGUUCUUUCUUUCCGCUCUAUUGGUAUAAAUUACAUUUUAGGAUUGAUCCGGUGAUUCACUGGGUCAUUUUGUUCCUCUGAUCUCCUGGUACACGUUACAACUCAGGGCCGAUUCAGUGAUUCACUGAGUCCUUUUGUUUUGUUUUUUCCCCGAUCCUUUGGUACACAUUACAACUCAGGACUGAUUCACUGAGUCGUUUUGUUAUUUCCUUGAAUCUCUUGGUACAAAUUCAUUUUGGUUCUUUUUCGGAUCUUUUGGUACGAAUGACAACUCUGGACCGAUUCAGUGAUCCACUGAGUCGUUUUGUUUUUUCUUUGGAUCUUUUGGUACUAAUUACAACAAUCAGUUCAGUGAUUCAUUGAGUCAUUUAGACGAGUGAUGAUUUAAAUACGUCAAAUAAGAUUCCAGCUAAGGAUCAUGGACAGUUUACACACGCACACACACACACUUAGCAAUUAAGCAAUUGAGGGCCUUGCUCAGGGGCCCAAAACUGGUCAUCAAUCAGCUGAUCCACUAGCUUAUUUGAACCAGUGUGACUCUUCAGAGUCGUUUACUCAACGAGUGACUCUUUAGAUGAACCGUUUUCUUCACUGUUGCUGAUUCAGUGAUUCAUUUAAACACCGUGUCUCUGUUUAUUACUGUAAUUUGUACCAAUCUGGAGUCUAGUUUCUAUUUUAAUUCUGCUUUCUUUUUAUUUCUUACUUUUAAUAGUGCCUUAAUUUAGAUGAGAUUUGAUCGUUUGUAAAAUGUUUGACCAGAAAUAGAGAACAGCACACUGGCAUUAAUAAUAAUAAUAAUAAUACAUUUUAUUUAUAUAGCGCUUUUCAAGAUACUCAAAGACGCUUUACAUAAGACAAAUAAUCAAAACAAAUACGUACAUACACCAUACAAAUCAUAGUACAAAAUCAAAAUAGUACAUCAACAUCAAGAAUAAUUAAGAUUAUUUCUUUUUUUCUCCACAUUUUAAAUGUUUCAUGUUUAAUAGUGAUGCUGUACAUAUUAGAAUCAGAAAACAAUUUAAUAAAAAUAAUA